AUAUGUUGCGGUGUUUAUUUUUUUGGUCAUUAUUUUUUUUCGAAAUUUUGUGCGGACGCGUCCUGUGCCAUGGCUAAUCAGGAUUUAGCCGUGAGUUCAGUCAAAACUCGAUGCCGAUGAUCUACCGGGUUGCCAAAAAAACAAAAACAAAAAUAAAUUAAACAAUUGUGUCAUGCGCUACCCUCAACAGAGUAGUGGUCUUUUGGCCAACCUCGUCAACUACUUAAUUUUCAUCAGUUUUCUGAUAGUUAUCGGCAAUUGCUCAGAAGAUGAGGAAAGAUUGGUGCGGGAUCUUUUCCGGGGGUACAAUAAGCUGAUAAGGCCUGUACAAAACAUGACCGAAAAAGUCGACGUACGAUUCGGUCUAGCUUUUGUACAACUUAUCAAUGUUAACGAGAAAAAUCAAAUUAUGAAAUCGAACGUGUGGUUGAGGCUGGUGUGGAACGAUUACCAACUUCAGUGGGACGAGGCGGAUUACGGGGGUAUUGCGGUGCUCAGGUUACCCCCCGACAAAGUCUGGAAACCUGAUAUAGUGUUAUUUAAUAAUGCUGAUGGAAACUAUGAAGUUCGAUACAAAUCAAACGUGUUAAUUUAUCCGAACGGGGAAGUGCUUUGGGUACCACCGGCGAUUUAUCAGAGUUCAUGUACAAUAGAUGUAACGUACUUUCCAUUCGAUCAGCAAACGUGUAUAAUGAAAUUCGGCUCUUGGACGUUCAACGGCGACCAAGUGUCGCUGGCAUUGUACAACAACAAAAACUUCGUCGAUCUGUCGGAUUACUGGAAGUCCGGCACGUGGGACAUAAUUGAAGUGCCCGCGUACCUCAACAUUUACGAGGGCAACCACCCCACAGAAACCGAUAUCACUUUUUAUAUUAUUAUACGGAGGAAAACCCUGUUUUAUACUGUGAAUUUGAUAUUGCCCACCGUAUUGAUAUCGUUCCUGUGCGUCCUCGUUUUUUAUCUGCCGGCCGAAGCUGGCGAAAAGGUGACAUUGGGAAUUAGUAUUUUACUGUCACUCGUUGUGUUUUUGUUGCUCGUAUCAAAAAUCCUGCCACCAACUUCCCUCGUGUUACCGCUCAUCGCCAAAUACCUCUUGUUCACUUUUAUUAUGAAUACCGUCAGUAUUCUAGUUACCGUUGUGAUAAUCAAUUGGAAUUUUAGAGGUCCUAGGACACAUAGAAUGCCUUCGUGGAUACGUACCGUAUUCCUCAAUUACCUGCCUGCAUUAUUACUAAUGAAGAGGCCACGGAAAACCAGAUUGCGCUGGAUGAUGGAGAUGCCCGGCAUGGGAGUGCCCCCGCAUCCGUACGGCUCCCCCGCAGACAUCCCCAAGCACAUCAGGAAUGAUUUUAGUUCCAUCGAAUCGCAAAGCAAGGUGGAGGUGAUGGAACUGUCGGACCUCCAUCAUCCGAACUGCAAGAUCAACCGCAAGAUCAACUCGGAUCUUGGCGUCGGUGUCGGCGCGGAGAGUUGUAGACGCGAAAGCGAAAGCUCCGACUCCAUACUGUUGUCGCCGGAAGCUUCGAAGGCGACCGAAGCCGUCGAGUUCAUCGCCGAACAUUUACGCAACGAAGAUCUUUAUAUACAGACAAGGGAAGAUUGGAAAUACGUGGCCAUGGUGAUCGACAGGCUCCAGCUGUACAUGUUCUUCAUCGUCACGACGGCGGGCACGGUUGGCAUAUUGAUGGACGCGCCGCACAUCUUCGAAUACGUCGACCAAGAUCGGAUAAUCGAAAUAUACAGGGGCAAAUAAAGUGCGCCACGUCAGCCGACACCCGCCUACAAAUCACAUGGCUUCCACGCGGCCUAUCGAAGUGACAUUAUUUGUGUUAAAAAUUCCUUAUUGUAGUAAUCUGAAAGAAAGAAAGAAAAAAAAACGCGACCUCUCAGUUCUUCCAAUUCCGGGUACCGUUCGUUCGACGUGGGCGGGCGAGCUGCGCUGCCCGACAACGCCGUUCCGGUCGUCGGCCCGUUUCCGGAGCUGGGCCGGCGAUCCGGGGCGGCACACAUUCUUUGAGACCUGAAGAGCGAAACACUAUUUUUAUACAUUCGAAAUGGUUUCCUUAGCUUAACACAAUUGUUCCCGUACGUUGCGUUCGCCACCCGCCUGAUUUACGCCGAUCCCACCCCGACAACGCAGCUCACCCGCGGUCGCGCGACGGGGCGGCUUCAAAUCGAAACGUUUUGCUUUCCGUUCGACGUCUUGUUUUACCAUUUUUGACACUGUAUCAACGCAAAGUGUUACACCGGACACUCGUUUACGGACGCGAGUGUACGAUUAAAUAAUGUGACAAUCGACUCAAACUGAGUGUUAAAACCGUUCAACGUCAUCAAAAAAAUUAAUAAUACGUAUAGAAAAAAAUUGUUAAAAGAUGGCGCAGAUUUUUUAGAAGUUGCGUUAAUAUUUCUUUUUGGUUUUCUAGUUGUGUUUAAGAACUACUACAAUCGCACAUUGUUGAUUUUGUUUUGUUCGCCUUCACGUUCAGAUCUGUUUAAGAAAAGAAACAAUUUUUGGCGUGCAAAUGAAUUCGGAUACGUUGUUCAUUUGGUUUGCCAACAAAACUUGAAUCACACUGCCUUUAAAGAUCUGAAAAUACGUUUUUCCUUUUUAUUGUUGGAUUGAAGUGGUUUUUAAACGGGCUAAGUGUUUAUUAACUAUCACAUUAUUUAACUUUGGGUGCAUUUACGUAUUUGUUGCAGAAAUGGCAACAACAACAUUUGGAUUUGCGUUCUUCUAUUGGAGUGGUACUAUCGAUUUAUAGUAAAAAAUUGUAAAAUCGACAAUAAAAAUGGUUUAUUAUUAUUGUAUAUAUCUACACGAUAUAAAAUUUAGUGAAGUUUAGUAUAAGAAAUUAUAGAUGUCAUCUUACAUUAUAUAAAUGUUAUAAAAUAUCUUAAUAUCCAUUAGUUUUUUAAGACAAAAAAAUGAUCACAAAACAAAACAUGGACUUACAUAUUUAGUCCACAGCUAGAAGCACUUGAUGAGGGUAAAUCACAUAAUUUAUUAUACUUAGACUUAGUUUAUAGCUAUAUAGAUGUCACAACAUUUUAUUAACGUUAUUUUGCGUAUGAAAAUUACGAAUUGUAUCGACAUUUGUAUAUAAAAUGUCUAGGAACGAACAUUUACAUAUACUUUAGGUGUAUUUUUUUCUACAUUUGUGUAUUUAACUAAACAAAAUUAAUCAAUUAACGUAUUUUAUCAACGACGUCUCGAAGUUUCAUUCAUUAUUUCCUGGAUUUGAGCUUUUCGUACAAGUUUUUUGUGCACGAGUCAAAUUUCUGAGACGCCCGAGAUGUUUUUCAUGCUAGGAAACCUGUACGUCCCAAAACUGAUCAUUUUUGUGUACUCACUUUGAAAUACGUCAAUAUAUUGACAAAAAUUACUUAGGAACAACAUUAAAUUCCUAAAUGAAGUGACAAUAAUGAUAUUAUCUUCAUAAAAGGUUGCCUAAAGUUUGACAGGUCAGUUUAUGUUAUAAUCAUCGAUUUAUAGAUGAUGACUAUCACGUAGCAAGUGCAAAUUACUUUUAUUUAAUAAAAUUAUUGUAAAAUAAUUAAAAGGCAUAAACUGCCAUAAUGUAAGUGUAUUUAACAAACUGGCAUGUCAAUUGACAGUAAUACUAAAGUCAAUUUACUUGUAAAAGUGAUUACCCUAACAGUAUUUUUCUUGUUACAGUAAAUAAAAUAGUAUUUUUUUAAAAAUCACAAUUAGGUGAACUAAAAACAUCAAAAGUUAAUCGUUUAGGUUGGGACAUUGGGUACAAAGUUUCCUCAAAAACCGAAAUCCAGAUUUGUUGUUGUAAACUUCCGAAAUCAAUUGCAAUUAUACACUGUCUUCCUGAAGUUAUUCUUUAAAUUUUUGCUCAAAAUUACAAUAAAAAAAAUAAAAAUAAAAAUAAAGUAACAAAAUUGCUCAGCGCGUUGCUCAUGAAUUUAAAAUUAAAAAAAGAAAAAAAGUUAAAUAAUGUCGAUAGUCCAUCGAAUGUACCUAUGCUAGACUCGAAAAUUUUCUCCGCGAAAAUUGAUGAAUUAGAAUGUAGUCGUGUGAAUGCCAAUGCAAAUGAGAAACAUUAAACAAAAAAAAAACUACUGUCGUAUGUUUAGAAUAGUGAGUAGAGUGAAUGACUUAGGCAGUGUUAUACCGUAAGGAUGUAAUUGUUAUUUUGUUAUAGGCUGAAAAUAUAGUGGAACUGAAUCAGUCUGGCUCAUUUUCACGAAUGAAAACAAAAACAUAUAAAACAAAAAUGGGAGAAAAUUGCCCGUCCAAAUUUCACCAGUUCAAAACAUCUUUUAUUUGAAUCAAGACUGACCGCAACAAUUGUAACAAGACAUCGAAAAUGAGGAUAAUUAUUUGAAAAUUCACUAUAUUUUCACUCCAAUUGUUAUUUAAUAUCAAGGUAGACCAUUAAGCACGACAAGUCCUACACAUCAAACGCUUUGUAUCCUAGUUGUCUGUGUAGGGAACAAGAUGAAAUCAAUAAAUAUUUUUUGUGAUAUUUAAACAAAUCUGCGCCAAGCCAAUAAAAAGUGCAGUGUGUAAGGCAAUCUCAGUUUGUGAUCACCGUCACAGGUGAUCGUCACACCUUAUUACAAUAGUAAUUUAUCAAUAUGGAGCUCGAACGGUCGUUGUAACGUGCAAUUAAUAGUGUCCCUAAAAAAUUAAAUGUUUAAAUGGAUGUUUUAAUAAAAAAAAACUAUAAAGUGAAUCGCACAAUUUUGUACAGUUGACCUCUGUAAAAGAAUGAUUCGGCAUUGUGAUAUUGAGGUGCCAAAAUUUCAAGUUUUUCUUUUGUUUCUUUUAUGGAGGUUGUUUUAUUAAUCCAAUUUUAAUAAUAAUACAUAUAUAACAAUCAAAUAUAUAUGCAUGUGAAUGUUUAAAUAGCACUAAACAAUAAGAUAUAUAUGUUUGUAGGACGUAGUGUUAAUAUUUUUUAUUAAAUGUGCUAACAAUUGUCUACAUGCUUAUAAAAUGUAUAUAUUUAAAUAAAAAAUAUUAAUAUUAGUACAAAGUAUAUUAAAAUAAAGGAUGCACUAUUAUUUUCUGGACAUGUUACAACGACGCGUCUUCUUGAGCUGAUCUCAUACUUUUCGGAUAUGUAAAAUAAAAUCGUCUAUUUUUUCUGUUUUAGAUAUAAUUUUGCAUAUCUGGAAAUUAUACUAAACAUGUCAUUGAUUCAUUUUCUGUGACAAUUUGCUCAAUAUAAGGAUUUUGUAGUCGGAAAUUAUAUAUUCAUAGGCCAUCUAGAAUAAUAUUGUACAGGUUUAGCAUAGUGUAUCAUUGAAUUUUGUUUACAAGAAGCUACCACAGAGAGGAACGUCGAAAAGCGCUGUUUCUUAUAUUUCAUUUCCACAAACUUUCUAUAAAGGGCUUUGUGAACAUUGAAGGUCUUCCAAAAUUUCGACGUCCUUCUCUUUGGCACUUCUGGAUGUAAAUCAUGCAAUAAUUAUAUUGGCCUAUAACAAAUAACUACAAUUUGUAUCAUCUCACACAACCAACGAUGAUGUUAAAUAUUAAAAUAUUACAAUUAUUAAUUUAAGACAAAUAUCAUCCGGAGUUGGGGAUUAUUAUAUUGAAAUUUGUAGGGUUAAUGUUUAGGAAAAUCGUCCUGAAAUCUAAUUGUAACUUUAACUUGUAGUAUUUUAACAUUACAUACACUUUGUAUAUCCAACACUUUUUUAACCAGGCAAAAAACUAAAUCAAAAUACCUUUCAUCAAUAUCAAAAAACAUAAAUAAUCGUCCAGUCCUUUGUCCGUGGAUAAAGUACUGUACUAUAACUAGCAAAUUGUAGUUAUAACUAUACGUUUUCAUGUAAUAUAUUCAACUAGAUCUAAUGAUUACGGGUAAAGAAGAAACUAUUUUCAAUCACAUUCCUCAAUACCGUGACAUCAAAUCUGGUAUAAAUCUAUAACUCCAUUAUUAUUAAUAAAUAUUAUUAUUAUCGUAACUGUUGUUGAGAAAUGAUGGUUGUUUAUAAUUUUUCCUCUCCUGGUGGUAACUACUUUAAGGUCACUAACAAAUUGUACCGUAUAGCACUGCCUCUUGUGUUUCAGCACUUAAACGCUUGGAACACCACUUGACUAAAUAAAUGAAAUAAUACAAAUAAAUCCAUUACCUGUGUUAUAAUAAUUGUAGAGGUAAGGAAGAUAAAAUAUGUUAAUGUUAACUAUUUUUAUUUAGUUUACCGCGUUUUUCCCCCGACACCCUAACAUUGCAAUAUAACACCAAAUAAUAUGAAAUAUAAGAGUUGAUAUACCUCAUAUGCGACUGUAAACUAAAUAAACUGUUUAACAUGCGUAUUUUAUAAUUUUCUAACUGAACAUGGGUUCAACGAUAAAAUGUUAUAAUAAUGUUAAAAUGUAUCAGACAGACAAGCAUUUACAAUAAAAUACGCAAAAUAAUUGUUAA